AUGUCUGAAUAUUUUGUGAGUACCUCCUUCUUCUGCUGGACCAGGAGGCCAGAGCCCAAACCACCGUCCCCCCACUGCGCGGAGCUUAAGCAUGAACCCAUCAGUGGUGGAGAGUCCAACCCCACCAAAACUGACAAGCCAUCACUGCAAGGAGUGACAGAGCUGAGGAUGAUGUCAAUCAAGUUGUCUCUGGCUUUUAGGACAUAUGUACCAGUCAAGUCAUGGAUCAAAGCCAAUAAGGGCAAGGUGUUAAUCUACAACCCCAGUUUUUUAAAGUAUAUAUAUGACUCGUGGCUAGAGGGUAAUGGGAGAUAUCCAUCCACUGGAUUCCUGUCUCUGAUGUUUGCAGUUCACAUUUGUGAUGAGGUGAAAGUGUUUGGAUUUGGUGCUGACCAGGAUGGAAACUGGCACCAUUACUGGGAGGAUAACAAGCUGGGAGGAGCAUUCAGACAAACAGGCGUCCAUGAUGGAGACUUUGAGUACAACAUCACACUGCUCUUAGCAGACAAACACAAGAUCACACUCUACAGAGGAGGUUGAGCUCACACAUGGAAUUUUCCACAAAGCCUUAACAGAACAGAAAUACAGUACCACAAGACAGGGGCCAUUUGAGCACUUAUUACCAUUUAUUUAAGGAUUGAAAGCUUUAGAGAUUUGAUUUGAUUUGAUUUUUUUAUUGACUUUUAAAAUGAAGAUUAAAAAAAAAAAGUUUGAUGGUUAAGAAUGAUUAAAUGACUUUGAGGCUGUUUGCAAAUGUUGCCCAUAUGAUGCAGACAUGGAUAAUAUCAGUUUCACUCAGUUUUAUUCAUUGUGAUAAUAUGAAUAAUAUGCCAUGGUUA